AUCCGACACGUUUUUGGGACCGUAAACUCACCACCCUAACACUUGCCCCGGAAGUAGUUUUCCUGCUAGUUGCUAGCUGUUUGUGACGCGGAGCUUCCAGCGGAGUUUCUGGCGAGGAUUUGGCCUUCUGAAGCUGAAAAUGGCGGACGUGGAAGAAACGCUGAAGAGGAUCCAGAGCCAGAAAGGCGUUCAGGGAAUCAUCAUCGUUAACUCUGAAGGAAUCCCCAUCAAGACGACUCUGGACAACGCGACGACCGUUCUGUACACGGCGCUGAUCCACCAGUUGGUGAUGAAUGCCAGAAGCACCGUACGAGACAUGGACUCGCAGAACGACCUCACCUUCCUGCGAGUCCGAUCCAAGAAGAAUGAGAUCAUGAUUGCGCUGGAUAAGGAUUAUUUCAUGAUCGUCAUUCAGAACCCGUCGGUCUGAAACAGGCUGCUCUUCAGAUCUUCUGCUUUUAAACUAAGAUAACCUAGAAGAGACAGCUGAGGAACACCACGCCCUUUGGACACCAUCCCAUCCAUGAGCCGAAUCUGUCAACAGCCUGCAGACACAUUUUUCUUUCUCGUAGCAUCCUUUGUUCGUCUUGGAUGGUGGAUUAGGAAACAAAAGUUUGAUUUCCAGUUUAUUAUUUAUUCUUUUGUCAGGUUCAACAGUGAGCGACACUACGGCUCUUCUGAUGGCACCUCCACCUUCUGCUGAUUAAAGUCAACAAGAAGUCUCA